AUGCUUAAGAACAAAGUGGAGAUGGACCGAAGGAGGCUUGACUUCAGCGAUGAGUCGAGCGACGAUGGGUAUAAUGGUAAUUACCUGGGAUUCCACAGCCACAGAGCGGGGGGAACACAUGUAUAUGGGGAAAUGGGAAAGGAAAGCGGAAAUCCCGCAUCAUCAAGGUACCAUGCCUGGGGUGGGAGUUGUGGUGGGAAAGUGGCUUUAGGAGGCGGGAAGAGCCAUAGUGUCGAAAUACAGGAGAACGAAAGCAACAGAAGGCUUGAAAUACCGGCAUCCACAGAAAGCAAGGGGCCUCACUACGAAUCCGAGUGUCUCGAGAUUUCAGACUCAGAAGAGUUUGAAGGGAAGCUGGCGUCGCUAAGGUUUCUUAUUAUUGAAGCGGAGGAGGAGAUGAAGAAGAUUAUCCAGGAAAGAAUCGAAAGGCAUCUUGAGAUGAACAGGGAGGCCAAUGAGAAAAGAAGGGAAAUGAAGAGAAGGAAAAGGGAGGUGUUGGGGGAAAUCAACAAGAAGGAGGACAUGAAGACAGGAGGCAAGGAGGCAGGAUCGCACGAGGUUUCUCAGGAGGACUCUGAUGCAAAGGAAGAGAAGAUAGAAAGCUUUGCGGAUUUCGAAACAUCUAUGUUCCCAUACAAGUCGAAGAAUGGGAUAAAGUCCUACACCUGCCCAUAUGAGGGAUGCACGAUGGAGCUUCCAACGCUGAGCAGGAUCAAGAGGCACUAUAUAGUUCACACGAAGCUGAGACCAUUCAAAUGCCUGAAUAAAGACUGCAGCAAGAGGUUCUCCAGAAAGGACAACAUGCUGCAGCAUUACAAAAUCCAUUGUAGUUACAGUAAUUAUAGAUGA